CCCCCGCACAGCCGAGCGCUGCCCUGCCGCAGGCACAACAAUGAGAAGACCUUCCUGAUCUGGAUCAACGAGGAGGACCACACGCGCGUCAUCUCCAUGGAGAAGGGCGGUAACAUGAAGCGCGUCUUUGAGCGGUUCUGCCGGGGCCUGAAGGAGGUGGAGCGACUCAUCCAGGAGCGAGGCUGGGAGUUCAUGUGGAAUGAGAGGCUGGGCUACAUCCUGACCUGCCCCUCCAACCUGGGCACUGGGCUGCGGGCGGGCGUCCACAUCAAGCUGCCACUGCUCAGCAAGGACAGCCGCUUCCCCAAGAUCCUGGAGAACCUGCGGCUACAGAAGCGUGGGACAGGCGGUGUGGACACAGCAGCCACCGGCAAUGUCUUUGACAUCUCCAACCUGGACCGGCUGGGGAAGUCAGAGGUGGAACUGGUGCAGCUGGUGAUAGACGGCGUGAACUACCUGAUCGACUGUGAGCGGCGGCUGGAAAAGGGUCAGGACAUUCGCAUCCCAUCCCCAGUGCCGCAGUUCCGGCACUGAGCCACGCCGAGGCAGUGCCAGCCUGCAGAACCCAGCUUCACCCAUAGCUUAUGACAUCACUGUGCCCAGCAUGUCCCUGCGCUGUUACGCACGGAGCCAGGCCAGACCCCAUAAACGUGUGCUGCUGUA